AUGUCUCUUUCGUCCCCUUUUAACGCAAAUAAAUGGCUAGAAACUGCCAUAGCAGAAAAUCAAAUAAAAUUUUUUGACUUUAAAGAGCUCGUUAAUAUAUAUAAAAUUGGAGAGGGCGCGUUUGGUAAAGUACAUAAAGCAGAAUUGAAAAAAGACGGAAGAACUGUCGCCUUAAAAUCUCUUAUUAUAAAAAAUGAUCACAGCAAAGAUUUAACACCUUAUUUAUUCUUUU